AUGACGCUGACAUGGAUCAGAAAAGUAUGGAAUCGUGUUCGUGGCAAACAUCAACGCGGGAUUCAAAGUAAUGGUCGAUCAAAGUAUCCAAAACAACGUACAAAGUCCAAAGAGUCUUCUUCUUCUCCGCCACCUCAGGCACCUCCAGCAAAGAAGGAAGACGAUAGUGGAUUGUAUCGAGGUGCCGCACCUCCUAUCGUGAUCGAACCUGUGGGGAUCGAAGAAGAUGAUGCAAAGUACAAACAAGCGAUCGAACAUCAACAUACCCCUUUACGAGAACCAGGAGGAGAACUUCAUAUGAUUAUCGAGCGUGAACGUUCUAGUGCAGAACAUGAUCAUCAAAAUAGCAAUGAUGGUGAUCAUGGUCAUCACAGCCAACAGCAAAAGCAAUGA